GGAGGUCAGACACACGUAUGGGAUCUCAGACGUCUUCUCAGUCUGUUCUAUCCAGCGUUGAAGAUACUCCCUUGUCGUUGUCAAAUAAACGUAGUGAGGCAACUUUGAAUGAAAAGCCGUUACCUCAUUCUGGUGUCACAUCACUACCUGCCGCAUCUCUCAGCAAACAACCAGAAACAACAACUGGAACUGAGAAGCAGUUACGUUAUGAUGACAACGGUUGCCCUGUGCAUGGCAAACGAAAAGGCGUGAAUGAGUGCCCCGUGCAGAGAGGAGAAGAAAUUGAUCUAAGAAACAUGAUGCCUCCCAUGUGCAAUGAGCCACGAGAAGGUCAACCUUUCUCUCUUUCAACUCAUCGUCAUGUGUCUGGUAUCCCUAAAUUAGGCUCGGACAAUGAGAAUUGGGUCUAUCCUUCUGAACAAAUGUUCUACAACGCAAUGAUCAGGAAGGGCUGGCAGUGGAAGGAAUCUGAUAUUCAGUCUCAAGACAUGACGCAUAUCAUCAACAUACACAAUACCAACAAUGAGUUGGCAUGGUUGGAAGUUCUUAAAUGGGAGGCGUUGCAUGCAUGCGAAUGCAGCAGUCCAAAGUUGAAAAGUUUUGGUGGUCGAGCCCAGGAUUACUCUCCUCGAGCGCGCAUUCGUCACUGGAUGGGAUAUGAGUUGCCGUUUGAUCGUCAUGAUUGGAUUAUUGAUCGUUGUGGGCGUGAAGUUAGAUACGUCAUUGACUAUUAUGAUGCUGGUGGACCUGAUGCAGAUCAUAACACAUUUGUCCGGCUGGAUGUGCGGCCAGCCCUUGAUUCAUGGCAGGCAUUCGCUGAUCGUCUGAGAGUUGCUUGGUGGAGAUGGACAGCAACACCAGACAAGCAGGAAGACACUACUAGUAAGUAGUGUGACCUUUUAAAUACCAUUUCUAUUGCAAUGAUUGUACAGUAUAUGUUCAGGCAGAAACCAGUAGAGCUCUAUUUUGUUAUAAGUGUCAUCUCAUGUUGUAUGAGUGCACUUCCUAAUAUGACUCUGUGUGUUGGUUUGAGUUGAUUAAAGUCAAGAUCCAUGUGACUGGCAUGUUUUAGUUACCAAGUAUUGGACAGUACAACUAACUGUGCUGGCAAGAUAAUCUGAUAUGUACAGGGCCUUCAAAGGCAAGGCGUGUAAGAAAAGAAACAUUGGCUGUUGGCUGUUUCUUUGUGAAG